GAGAUAGAGAAACGAAGCCGAACGAAGGAUAGACGGCUAAUAGCAGUUGCGCCUCCAAGAGUGGAGGGGAUAAAAGUGUAGCGCGAAAGGGGAAGCAAUAGGGAGGAAGGCGAGAGAGGGAAAAUCUGUCGGAUACGGUCGCAGAACCGUGCGUGCUUCCGUGCAGUUCCGUGCUUUUCUGUACGUGUCAAGAUCAGCUGUGUGUGUGUGCGUCUCUCUCGAGGCCACGAGUCGAAGAAGAAAUGACAGCAGUCGAGAGAACGGCCGCGAUGCCCUUUACGCUCUCGUGAGGGUGGGUAAAGCUUUUCUAAUUUCGAGAGAAGGCGGGCCAGACAUCUCUGUCACCACCCGCCGUUUUAACUUUACAAUAAGGCUCGAUCGAGAGGAUGAACGGAAGCCUGGGAAUAUCUCGAGGACCCGAACAACAUCCACAGAGAUUCGCCGAUUAUUUCGUUAUAUGCGGUCUCGAUAAAGAUUCGGGCCUCGAACCGGACAAAUAUUUCGGAGACUCUUUACAAUGUACACCUCUGGAUCGAGCAUACAAGAGCAAAGUUUUAGGACAUUAUCCGGACUCAGUACCAUGGAAUCCAUUCGACGAGCAUGCAGUUUGUAUGCUUUGCCUACCAAGCGGUUUGAGAUUUCGAACACAGAAACAUUCAGUCGAGCCGACGUUUCAUUCGUUUGUCCUGACCAAAGAAGAUGGCCACAGGACGUACGGUUUCAGUCUGGUAUUCUACGAAGAGUGUCGUAAUCGUAAGAUAUGCGCUGCUAUGCAAACGUUGCAAGCGAUGCAUAUCACAGAAUUAAGUAGUGGUCAGAACGGUACACCGCCAACGGCGAGAAAGGGUCAGGAGGGACACAAUACUAGAUCCUUGCCACGUCAUUUUAAAUUGUCAGCACACUCCCCGAGUGCAGCAUUAGCUUAUUACGAUUCAACCAAAGAUAAAUUAUUAGUGACCAAGUCAAUUUCUUUGCUCUGUCAACAGCCCUAUCUUCACGCGGCCAGAACGUUCCUGACCAAUCUAUACAAAUGUGUUCCUAGGCAUCCAGGACCUGGCCUUAGUUUAGAAUCAUACGUGUACAAUCUUUUGUACAAUGUACCAGUACCAUUACCUGGAAAAUCAUUAAAAUUUUUUAUACCAAACGAUGAGCCAGCUAAAGUUCCCUUAGAAUUGGUUAUACAUCAGCCUAUGCCAUCGCAAGAAUUACCAAUGUUGGAUUAUCCUUUGAAAGAUGUAUUUACAUGGCUGGGGGCUGAUUGCGUCAUACAGUUGUUCACUUGCGUCCUUUUGGAGAAUCAAGUUUUACUCAGAAGUUCAGACUUUAACAAACUGAUGGUAGUAUCCGAGUGUAUAACCGCCCUUUUGUUUCCCUUUUCGUGGCAGCACGUUUACGUACCUAUAUUGCCAGCCAGUCUACAUCAUUUCUUAGAUGCACCAGUUCCAUUUAUAAUGGGAUUGCAUGCUCAGAGCGAAGGUGGUGUAUUAAAAAUUGCUAGCGAAGCAAAUCUUUGUUAUGUAGAUAUAGAUAAGCAAAGUAGCCAAUUCCCGGAGGAGUUACCUGUAUUCCCACAUAAGAUGCAGUUUAUUGCUGAGAUUAGAGCACUUUUAAAUAUGUACAAAGUACCACAAACGGGAAAGACUGAUAAUAUGUUCAUAAAUUAUGUCAAUGGUGACAUUAUGACUAGCAGCUUGACUCUUCCUGGUUCUGGAUUUCACCUUCCACGUAGAAAGCAUUCGUUACAUGAUGUUUUAGAUUGGGACAGACCUGAUUCCACACCCCAAACAGAUGCUUUUCAACGAAUUGUUGAUAUAGUUAAGAGAACAGGUGUAAAUGUAGAUGAUAUUGAUUCUGUGGAGGAUACUAUUAAUGAAAAAAUACUCACUCCCCAAGAGGAAUAUCAAGAAACUCUCAUUUUUAAUAAUGCCAUUAGAGAGAUUUUUUUGAAUCGUUUUGUACAAAUGUUUUGUAGUUAUGAACAUUUUGUUAUUCUACCAAGUCAAGAUAAAGACGAAUGGUUGAAUAAUAGAGACAGUAUGCAUGUCUUUGAUAAAGCAACAUUUUUAUCCGAUCAACCUGCGCAACAUUUACCAUUUUUAUCAAGGUUUUUAGAAACACAAAUGUUUGCUUCCUUGGUUGAUAGUAAAGUUAUGUCAACGUGGAGCGAACUCGAUUAUAAUAUCAAAGUUUUUGACGAUAGAAUUACAUUUUUAAAAAAAAAAGUUGGUGAAAUUAUUAUAAGAUCGACACGUUACGAGACAUGCACGAGCAUGACUGAAACACAAAAAGUUUUGGAACAGAGAUUAACCAACGUAGAUUUUGAAACCAAUCCACCAACAGAGAUUGUUCCACAUAGAGCUGCAUACUUCAGGAGUUUUCCUUUACUAGAUACGGUUGCGUUAAACAAAGAACCUGCUCAAAGUAUACUUCGUAGUAGAAAAGGACAGACACAGUGGAAAUAUAAAAUGAAAUCUAUGGAGUCAAAUGGUAAAACAGCAGUACCUCAAGAAUCUCAAUCUCCACGACCACAAACAAAGCUCUCUGCGGAUAUGAGUCCAGCACUGAUAGCGCAAGCCAAUUGGACUUUCGUUGAAAAAUUGCUUAAGGAUUGUAAAUCUAAAACAAAAAGAAUGUUAGUCGAAAAAAUGGGCUCUGAAGCUGUUGCCCUUGGGCAUGCGAGUGAAUCUCUUUCUGACGUGGAAGAAAAUACAUUAGUAGCUAGCCUCUGUGAUUUAUUGGAAAGAAUAUGGAGUCAUGGGUUACAAAAUAAACAGGGCAAAAGUGCUCUUUGGUCUCAUCUUACAAUGUAUCAGGAAUUGGAGGAAUGUAAUGUUACAACUAAAACUAUAGAUCCCAAUUUUCUUUCUCCCGUACCCAAGAAAUCGCCAAAUAAACUUUUUGGGUUACCGGAUCGUUUAAUCGCAUCCUUAAAGAGCAGAAAUAUUUUUGAGAUUGCUUCCUAUAUCAAGGAGAAUUUUAAUGAUUUAUCAAAACUGGCAUUGGAGACUGAUGUCUCUCCAACAAGAGGAACUGAUAAGCACAAAUCUCCUGGGGAAAGAAGAGCUAUUGGACCGGAGCAUUUGCGACCUUUACCUGAAUCAUUGACUUUUGAUAUUCGAAAUAUUCAAGCAAUGACAGAUAUUAAAACGCACAUUGGAUAUGCCAGAGCAUGGGUGAGAUUAGCAUUAGAAAAGAAGUUAUUAUCUCGACAUUUAAAAACACUGCUAUCUGAUACAGCACUUUUAAGGAGUCAAUAUAAACGAUCAGCAUUUUUACGCUGUGAAGAAGAAAAGGAACAGUUUUUAUAUCAUUUAUUGACGUUAAAUGCGGUCGAUUAUUUUUGCUUCACAAAUAAUUAUCCUACUACUAAGUUACCAUAUAGGGUUGUAAUAUUUCCAAGUCGUAAGGCAAGCGCAGCUACAACUUCUGCCAAUAGUUGGAUCGCUAUAUCUGGUACAUUGUGCGAAACUAAUCCUGUUCCAAUUCCUAAAGCAGCUCUAGAAUUUGUAUUUCACCAUAAAAAUUUAGGUGUCCUUUCGACUUUGCGGAUAGGUCAUGACAAUACUGGUCUUUCUCCUAAAUGGAUGGUAGAACACGUUGUGGUAAGAAAUGAAGUUACAGGGCAUACAUUUAAAUUCCCUUGUGGGCGAUGGCUUGGUAAGGGCAUAGAUGAUGGAUCUACUGAAAGAUUGCUAGUAGGUGCUUUAGUACCAAGUAGUAUUGAUAAUGAAGAAUUGGUAGAAUCGUGUUCGACUCCUCCAAGAUGUAGAUCUCCAAGUAUACCCAGACGACCUAUAUUAUCCGAAGUUGAAUUGCAACAUAUGCUUGGAGAAGCUGUAAAUGCGAUUGUCAAAUAUUAUUACAGAAGAGAGUGCCAAGAUAGUUCUCUAACUGCCUUACUUUGUGGGGAGGGUGGACUCGUACCUUCUCUUGAACAAAUCUUUUUAUUCGGUUUUAAAAAUCAAAGAAUAUUUGGUAGAAAUUUUUAUGUUUGGGACUAUCUUUUACGAGUAAAAGAAAACUUUGAGAUAUCUUUAUUAGAAGAAAUGGACGAUUACUCACAGAGAUUAAAUAGGAGUAAAAAAAUACAGAGUAAUCAGAGGUGGUUUACUAUCUUGAGAUGUUACAGUCAUCUUAUUGAUCAGAUUAAUAUAUUUAGUCAAACUUUAGGAAAAGAUGGAAAGUUUCAGUUGUUCAUUUGUUUGGCAGCAAGAGAACAAUUGCUUCAUCCAAUGUUACGUCCGAUGAGCGAGGCACGUUCUACGUCGGAUAUGUACGAGGAGAAUUCGUUUUUGAGAAAUCCUAGUCUCUUGACGUUUCUUAUACAUAUUCUUGAACCGCUUAGCGACUUCCAUAUUGUUCUUGAGAAAAGUUUGACUCAUGGAAUCUCUAGUAUAUGUUAAUCUGUUGUACAUUCCGUGUGUAUUUUGGAUGAAAGCUUCAUAAAAACGGCUGAACCAAAUGUGACACGAUGUUAUUGCAUUCAUUUUAUACACUGUUAAAGUCGAAAGACGAUAGGGAGACACCGGUGUUAGAGUAUAGGAUUCGGUGAAAUAAUUUGCAAAGAUGCAAAGAAUUUUAUUAUUACAAUAUUAUAUAUAUAAAAUUGAAUAUUAAAAAAAAAAAAUGAAAAAAAAAGAAAGAAAGAACAAAUCGAAGACUGUUACCGGUGAAUGUAAAAUAGAAAUUUUUAGAUGAGAAAUUAUUAAGAAGUGAGAAAGAGAGAGAGAGAGAAAGAUGCAUGCUAUUUACCGAAUGUAAGAUUCGAAGAGAGCAUGAACUUUCUCAUGCUAUUUUCAAUGCUCGUACUAUUCAUGACAAGUGAUAUCUAAUUAACUUUUACUCAACUCCUUUUACUGCAGUUAUUAUUAAUGGGGAUAUACGAAUGAACCUUUCUCUAAAUCAUCGUACGUACGAACGAACUAUGAACCAAAGAUUUUAAUCCUAUUAAUUUAUUAAUAUAAUUAAUGCCGUGUAUAUUAUUGCCAUUAUUUAAACAGAAUUAUAAUCUUUUUUUUUUUUUUUUUUUCUUUUUUAAUCCAUGUAAAAUAAUCAAGUGUUGUAAAAACAUUUGGAUGACAUUUGUAUAGUAUCAUGUCGGAGUAUCUUGUGUUAUUAUAUUUUUAACGUAAACCAUAUGAUACUCUUAAUAAUCUUCCUCUAAUAGAAAAUUGUCUAAAGAUCUCAGCUCGAUCAUUUGACAUUUGUGUAUGUACUCACAUUAUUUUUUACUGGCUGUGCUUUGAUUAAUACACGUUAAAAAAAGUCUCAAGGGAAGGAAAAAAAAACGAAAAGAAAACACAAAGACAUCGUGCAAGAAGUUUUUGUUAUGAUUUUAUGCUGUGUUAGAUUUGCGAACGUAAAACAUUGUUGAUUUCAUUAUUAUAUAAAUUGAAAUAUCUCAGAUAGCACGCGUACAAUAAAAAAUAAAAUAAAUAAAUAAAUAAAUAAAAAAAGAUAUAAAAGGCCUCCUAACUUUAAAAUAAAUAACUUUAAAGAAAUAUUAAAAAUCUAAUAAUACGCACUCUGGGAUAUUAUAAUUUAUUUAUAUAGAUUUAAUGGCAACAUUUCUCCAUGACAUAUGUAAUGUUUUAUUAGAUUUGCGUCAAAUUAAGUUUUUUAUACGUUACUGUAAUAACGUCGUAUAAUUUAUUUUCAAAUUAUAUUUUUCAAUUGGAAUUCUUUUGACCUUGUCUAACGGAGAAGGACCAAAAACAUCUUUGUCAGUUAAAAAAAGAGAAAAAAAAACGAGAGAAAAAAGCAAAAAAGAAAGAAAGAAUAAUUGGCAAUUCUUUCAAUAUCAUCAAUACAAUAAAAUACAUAUGCACAAUUCAUUUUAAGUCUUAUAGAUUAAAAAAAAAAAAAUACGAGUUAUAUAUAUAUAUAUAUACACACGACACACGACACACACACACCCACACACACAGGACACAAACUUUCUACACUCUGUACUCGCUGUGAAGUGAUAAUACUAUACCGUUUUAAUAAUAACUAGACCGCAAAGUACAAUCGAAUUGCAAGCAUUUCAUAAUAUAAACUCGAAGAAGAAAGAAAGAUAGAGAAAGAAAUAAACAAAAAAAAAAAAACAAAAAAAAAGAAAAGAAUAUUUAUAAUAGUUAGAGCUUAUAUUCAGUACCUUACAGAAUUCUUAGUACAUAAAACAUUAUCUUUAUAAAUUUUCCUAACGAUAGACGAUUUCUUCGUCAUCAUAAUCAUCAUCAUAAUCAUUAUCAUCAUCAUCAUCAUCAUCAUCGAUAGGCUUUAUUAUUCGAGGAAUAGCCGAACGACGUAAAUAUAUAAAAAGAUUUAUACAUAAAUUCUCACGAGUUCAGAUGAUCUAGAGAAAAUUGUAUUGAAUUUAUAAUCCUCUUCGUGAAUCAAGAGUUUGAAAAAAUGAGAUGUAAUUAAAUUAAGGAUAUAUUAAUUAAGGUGAGAGGAGUCAGCUGCAGCAACAGCAGCAGUAGCAGCAGCAGCAGAAGCAGCAACAGCAGCAGCAGCAGAGUUGAUAUAUGAUGCGCGUUGAAACCAAUUACUACUUUUAUUGUCCGUUGAAACGCGUUGAAAGGGAGUUUAAUUCAUCAGUACAAAAAAAAAAAAGAAAAAUAAACCAAAGGAGACGACGAUGUUGGUUUUAUAAUUUCUUGUUGUUAUUGUUGUUUUUUUUAUUUUUUUUUAUUAUUUUUUUUUUUCUUUUUUUUGUCGAAUCAGUCAAAACCGUAGAAAAUUACGUGAUAAUAUACUCUUUAUUAUAAUUGUUUAACCAAUUCAAUGAAGUUAUUUCUCUCUCGCUCGUUUUUGUUUCAUUUUAUUUUUAUUUUUAUCUUUAUCUUGUUUAUUCAGAUAUAUAGGAAACUAUAAUCGAUCAUUAUAAAAUAUUGUCGCUCAUCUCCCCUAUUGCGUGUAUAUAUAUACACAGACACUACAUACAUAGAUACAUAAGAAAAUGAACACAUCGUCAUCGUCAUCAUCAUCAUCAUCAUCAUCAUCGUCGUCAUAUUAACAAGCGUAUUAAUUGGAAAGAAAGAAAAGUGCAACUCAAUGGUAACGUAUAGGUAACUUUUACAACAAAAUACCGUAUGUUUGUAAAUAAGUAAAUACAAAAUAGGAUAUUAUAUUGUACAGUAGAAUAAAUGGUUAUUGAAAAUAUUAA